UAGAGUUGUGUAUUUCUGUUCAGUCAUCGAUAUGGAUGUGUAUCAAGAAGUAGGUGUACCGGAGUUUGGUGCUCCUUGGCCCGCCAUGACGAUGCCCGAACAAGGAGUGAUUGGCCAAUUUACCAUUUUCUUCGCGCUUAUACUUGGAGGACUAAAGGAUUUUCUCUUCUCUCUAGAAGAGGAAUGGUUUGGAGCAACCCAUCCUGGAGUGGGAUGGGAGCUCACUCUCCCUGCUGCCCUGAUUGUUCUUGGUGUGAUAUUACUAUGGAGGACCGUCCUUGCGAUCAAAAGCAGGAUACGUCUAUUGACUGAGACACAGCUAAACGUGAAACUCGCCCAGCUAUCGAAAAACAAAUGUGACAUAAUGAUUCAAUUGUCUGAAAUGGAGAUACUGUUGAAGGACUAUGACGCGCCAGUGAAAAGGUUGCGGGCAUGCCUGCAGUCCUCUCAGGAGGAUAGUCAGGAGCUGGAGGAUAUGAAGAAACAAUGGGACAUCAGAGCUGGAGAAAUGGAGGCAUUUCAUCUCCAGCUCCAGGAGCGUGUUGAACGCAUACACAAACUGAAAGCUGUUUGGGGACCGAUGGAACCACUUAAAGAGCAUCACGGUGGGGAUGCCAGGACCCCUAGUGCCACCAACACCCAAUCUACCGAUCAAAACCACACUGGAGGAGGUGAACAGGGGUCUUCAGGACAAAAAUUGUCAGCUUGAAGAGAAGAAUGCCGCUCUACAUCAAAAACUCCACAGCAGUGAGAAGAUGUAUAGACAGACUCUAAACGAGCUGACCAAAGCCCUGAUUCAAGGCAAACAUGAGGAAAAGCAACAUAUUGCCACGCUACAAGAGAAAAUCCAGACCAUAUCUCGGAGAGCCUCUGCUGCUGAGCAUGCUCUGGCCAUGGAGAAGAAUGAGGCAGCGCUACUCCGCCAGAGGAUUUUUCAACUAACCUCAAAGAAGCUGAAAAUAGGAAAACUUGGGUUCCUGAUCAAGACCAUCCCCAAGCCCCUGAAAACAACCAAGACCAACAAACCCUUCUUGAAAACCUGCAAAGUUCUGAAAGCUUUCAAAGCACUAAUGAAGAUAUGAAGGCAAUGCAUACAAUUGUACAUUUGGUGCAAUUAUUCUCAGGACACGGGGUGAAGCAGAGUACAAUAAAUAAAUUCAGAUGCCUUAUUCCA